CCUUCCAAAUCCAAGCUCAAGCCAUUGAAGGUCUGGUUGGAAGCUUUUCGCCCUCCAUAACCUAUCCCUAUCCGUACCGUCUCCGGCUCCGACCGCUGCUUGAGGCGGAGGACGAGGGAGGAGCAGGCGAAGUGGCCGUCGUGUGAAGAGAUACAGAGAAUAACCGUUCAUUCAUUUCUGUAUAUGCAAUUGAAGAAACAGAUAUGGCGAUGAAAUUCUGUCCAAUCGAUACUAAACACUUGUUUCUUUUCCGCUGUGGCGCCCUAGUCCGUCCUCUGGACUUUAUUAUCUCCUCCGCCGCCGUGGGGAUUCAUCGGAACCAAGCUGAUACUCUGAAAUUGAGAGUUCACGAAUACGGCGGAGGGAAGGUCAAAGGAAGACGUCUAAUUGCAGCAGUAAGUAAAUACUCCAAUCCAGCUACAGACGUGGUUGAAGCUGGCGACAGCGAAUUCUUGUCUACUACAGGAUGGAAAGAUUUCGCAAGCAAUGUGUCUGGAGAAUGGGAUGGAUUUGGAGCAGAGUUUUCCAUUGAAGGGAAUCCAGUUGAGUUACCAGAAUCCGUUGUUCCUGAAGCUUAUCGUGAAUGGGAGGUGAAGGUAUUCGAUUGGCAGACUCAGUGUCCCACUCUUGCUUCUCCAGAAACUUAUUCUUUUUUCUACAAAUCAAUAAAGCUGCUUCCUACUGUUGGAUGUGAAGCUGAUGCAGCAACUCAGUAUAGUGUUAAUGAGAGGCAUAUUGGAGGAUCAAAUAUCAUUGCGUAUGAAUCCAGUGGAUCAUUUGUAGCUGUUUGGAUCAAUGAGGAUAAUGGGUCAUUGGAGCUGGAGCACUGUUUGGUUAAUCCUAGGAAUAAGGAGUCGCGGGUUAGGAUAAUUCAGGCUUUGCAGGUCAAUAAAGAACGUAAAUUGGUACUGCAGAACUUUAGAAUAUUUUGUGAGCAAUGGUAUGGACCAUUCAGAAAUGGUGAUCAGUUAGGUGGAUGUUCUAUUCGUGAUUCAGCCUUUGCUUCAACAGAAGCACUCAAAUCUUCUCAAGUUAUUGGUUCUUGGCAGGGAUCUCAUGCCACUGCCAGUUUCCAGAAUUCUCAAUUGAAUACUAGUUUCCAUGAAGUAAAGGGUGAAGGCUUGGUGAAAAUUGUGAGAGAUGAACAUGAUCUAAUACUUCUCCCAAAGCAACUAUGGUGUUCAUAUAAAGAAAGAGAAGGUGAAUUUUUCUUUGAAGCAGGGUGGCUAGUGGAUAGGGGACAAGCUAUCACAUCAAAAUGCAUAUUUUCUUCAAAUGCUCAGCUCAAGGAAAUAGCAAUUGCACGUGAAACUUCUUUGGCAGAAAUGGAAGAGAAAGCAUAAGAUAAUGUAAUUAUUCUGUUGUUGUAUAUGACUUGAGGAAACCUGUUUUGUUCAAUUAUUUGAAAACUUUUGUAAUGUUAACAAUAAACAGCAACGGUUUAAACGCUUAUGUAUUGUCAAAUUAAUACAAUCACACAGAAUGUAACAUUU